AUGUCUAAGAGUCUAAUACGUAAUAAACUAAUAAUAAUAACUAAGGUUCGUAUGUUACACUUUACUUUGGCAUUAUUGCUAAAACUAGCAAAAGACUCCUCACAGAGGAUGGAACAAGCAGUGGAGGAGUCUUACAACACCACUUUAAAGCUAUGGCAUGGAUGGAUAUCAUCAGCUACUUUCAAAGUAAUAAUUCCUCUCACUCCCUAA